AUGAAUCAGCUGAUUGAGCUCAUCAGGAGUGCCAUUGCAACUAUGCUUCAGUUACUUUGGUUCGGUAAACGUAAGAUAUCGAAUACUCUGAGUAUUUAUAUCAAAACCAACACUGGCAAUACGUUGUCAGUGGACUUAGAUCCAAAAUGGGACAUAAAGAAUGUAAAGGAAGUCGUUGCAGAGAGAAUGGGGCUUGCACCAGAGGAUAUCAAAAUUAUAUUCGCUGGGAAGGAGCUUCAUAACUCGACUAUUAUCGAGGAAUGCGAUUUGGGACAGCAGAGCAUUCUUCAUGCAGUGAAAACACCUCCAAGAAGGCUCAAAUCUACUCUGAAUAAACAGCGGAUCAGUGAAUCUCUCACUGAAUCGUCGGAGGUGAAUGAGAGUGGAAGUAAGCCUCUGAAUGAAACUUUGACGGAUUUACCUUUGGAUGAAGGGGAAAAGGCUGACAUUAUCGAGUCGUCAGAUCGCCGAGGCAAGCGGGCCCACUUCUACGUAUAUUGCGCGGCUCCUUGCAAAUCCAUCGAGCCGGGAAAACUCCGAGUCCGCUGUUCGUCCUGCAGCUCGGGAGCAGUGACCGUGGACAGAGACCCGCAGUCCUGGACAGACGUGCUGCUUCCAAACCGCAUCACAGUUCAUUGUGAGAACGACAGCUGUCACCUCUCAUACUCUUCCUCAUCGCCGUCAGACUCCCAGGUUCCCUACGCCCAUUUCUUUUUCAAAUGUGGAAAUCAUCCCAGUAGAGGAGAAACUGACGAAGCUAUUCCUCUGUACCACAUCCGCCCAAACUUGAGGAAAGUUCCCUGUCUGGCUUGUACAGAAACAGCUGAUGUUGUCCUUGUGUUUCCGUGUGAGGCAGCUCACGUCACGUGUCUCGAAUGUUUCAAGGACUACUGUAACGUCAAAUUGGGAGAGCGUCAGUUUGAAUUCGAUGGAUCCAAUGGAUACUACACACUUCCCUGUCCUGCGGGCUGUGCGAACUCUUAUAUAAGAGAAGUUCAUCACUUUCGUCUGCUGGAGCAGCAUAAGUAUGAGCAGUAUCAACGGUUUGGGGCUGAGGAGUAUGUUCUUCGGUCUGGGGGACUGUUGUGCCCCCAGCCAGACUGCGGAAUGGGAAUUAUUCCACCGGAGCUGACUAGUGAUAUGGAUGAAGAGACAUGUAGGAAGAUUCAGUGUGUUGGGGGCUGUGGGUAUGUCUUCUGCAGGAGAUGCUUGAAUGGUUAUCAUUUGGGGGAUUGUGGGCAGGUGGAGCGAUCUCUGUUGAGUAGUCAGGGACGUGGAGGCUAUUCUGUUGAUCCUGACAGAGCCAAGGAUGCCAAAUGGGAUGAGGCUAGCAAAACGGUCAUUCGGAAAUCUACCAAACCUUGCCCCAAGUGUAGAACGCCCACCGAGAGGGAUGGUGGGUGCAUGCACAUGGUUUGCACAAGGGCAGGAUGCGGCUUCCAGUGGUGUUGGGUCUGCCAAACACCGUGGACUAGGGAGUGUAUGGGAAAUCAUUGGUUUGGCUGAUUUAAUUUAUUGCGAAGUUUUAUUGCUUUUCAUUGUUUCUUAUGGCGAAAUAAGACAGUUAUCAGCUUAUGAAAUAUUUUUUUUUCUUCACGAACAUGCGUUUCAGAGUCCUGACACAGUAGCAAAGUCCUAUAAUUUUCAUGCAAAUACCCUAUUCUGCUGAGAGAAAAAAAAUUGUUAUUAUUUGGUAAAAAUCAGGUUGGAAGCUUGUGGAGACUUCCCAAGAAUUUAUUUAUUGUAAAUUAUUGUUUACAUUUUAUAAAUAAAGAAUGAGAUGUAUAUAUUCA